GUCAGGGGCGGUGAGGAAGGCACAAGAAAGAAAGAAGUCAAAAUUUGUAAACCACACACUAAAAUGAAGAAAAUAAGCUUUUGGAUGUGCAUUCCCAUUGCAUUCCUGAUUGUUGUCAUCAUUGGAAUAAUUACACUAUACGUAUUAGCAAGACAACAGCAAAGGAUCUGUUCACUUGUUAGCACGCAAGAAAAUUGUACAUUGAAAACUCCCUUUAUAAGUGUGACAGCUGAAUAUCCUCCUGGAAGCUAUAUUUUUGCGGAAAUAAUGUGCCUUGCAGCAUUUUUAGUGCUUGUAACCGCUGUAUUACGGUUUACGAUACUUCAGACCAUGACAAAGAAUCAAUUCAAGAUACUUAACACCAUUACGCUGGCAAUGCUGUGUCUCGUGUGUGUUGGAAUGACGAUAUUGGGCAAUGUCCAGUUGUCCGUCAACCGUUUGUUACAUAAUAUCGGUACCUACACAGCCUUUGGAGUUGGAUUAAUAGCCUGUUGGACCAAUUCUGUGCUGACAUUCCACGCGAAUAUCCAAAUGGAAGGGCGAAUAAUCGGGAUCUUCCGUACUUUCCUUUCGUUCACAGCAACAAUAGCCUUUAUCCUGUAUAUGGUUUUCCAAGGGUUGGCUUCAGCAAAAGCCCAGUGGGCCUUGGUCAUUCUCGUAAGUGUUUACAUAGCAUCACUUGCAAUUGAAUUGCGAUUUUACAACUUUCAGAUUCACUUCUGGGAUAUAAGAAAUAGUUCAGGAAACACGAAUAAAGCGGGUGCACGAGUCAUUCCGGCUGCAAACCUUGUUAGUUAAACAUGCAGUAUUUGUCCUGUAAAGAGUACAGAAUAGUGACAGGGAAUACUGUCAGUUUUCACUUUGAAUAUUAUUGUUGAGUUUUGUUUUUCAAAGAACAGUAUAUUCUGUAUAACUAACUAUUUAACUCCAUUACUGAUCUUCCUUGGUCAGACUGUUCUUUGAUAUCAAGCGGGUAAGG